AUGACUAAUUAAUAUAAAAUUUCUAAAUAUCAACUAUAAAGAAUUAGAAAGCAAGCAUAAGAAGAUGCAGAAUUAUGUGAUCUAUAUAAUGCCUUAUAUCCUAAAAAAGAAUCCCAAGAACCAAGUAAUUAAUCUCUACAUAAACCAUAUUUGAGAUUAACAUAAUAAAUUGACUUUUCAUAAAUUCGUCCACUUCCUAUUCUCUAAUAGGCCUUGAAAUUAUUCAAAAAGCAAUACAAAUCUGGUGAAAUUGAUUAUCAAUAUUUCUCUGAUUAAUUGAGAUCCAUUAGAUAGGAUAUCAAUGUUUAAAAUAUUGAAAAUGAAUUUACCAUCAAAAUUUAUGAAACUAAUGCUAAAUUAAGUAUUGAAAAUUUCGAUUUACAUACUUUUCAAUAAUGCUAAAUGAAAUUACUAGAACUUUAUUUAAUGCCUAUUAAGACUAAAAAUAAAUAAGAAUUUUUAUGUUAUAUUAUCUUAUAUCAUGCACUUAAAAAUAAUCAUGAUCAACUUCUUAAUAUUUUUAAUACAUAAGAUAUUGAUAUUGAAAAUGACCUGAUUUAUUUUUCUAUGAAGUAAACUAAAUAUUAUAUAUUGAAAGUAUGAGUUCAUAUUUAUCUACGAAAAACUAUUAUAAGAUAUUUAGAUGUUAUUAUUAUGCUAGUAAUAAAAUGUCUAAAAUGAUUGAACCAUUUUUAACACAAUUAAGAAAAGGAUUAAUAAAAGAAUAAAAAGCAGCGUAAAAUAAAUAUGUAAUAUGAAAUAGAUUGAUUGGAGAAGGAUCAAGUCAAUAUUUAGCUGAUAUAGCCUGGGAUGGAGACAUUGAAGCUUAUAAAUAGUUUAUAAGUAAUGAAUUAUGAGAUGAAUAAGAUGAGCA